AUGAAUGCCAGCCAACAGCUAAUAUGUCCCUUGUGUAAUGAUACAGUAGACAGGCUGCUUUACCGUUUUCAUAUAGACAGCGAAAGACUGGUGAUCGAACGCCUUAAAGAACAACACCCUGCCUGGACAGAAAACGAUGGCGUUUGCAGCCGCUGUGUAGACUACUACCAUACCGCAGUCAUCCGCGAACAGCGGAUAUUGCCGGAAAUUGGGCCCCAUUUCUCUAUUAAGAGUGCCGAUGAUUUUGUGAUACUGCCUACCGGCCUGCGCCUGGAUGUAGAUCCGCGCUUCACCGGGAAAGGCGUAACCAUUUGUUUUAUUGACAGCGGUUUUCAUCCGCAUCCCGAUAUAACAACACACCGGAACAGGAUUAAAGCCAUGAUAGAUAUUACGCUGGAGAACGGCGCGUCCAGCGAUACAGCGUCCAUGGCAGGUGCCGCGGCAGGAAACUGGCAUGGCACGAUGACCAGUGUGGUAUGUGCCGGCGAUGGCCUGCUUAGCAAUGGCCUGUACAAAGGCAUCGCGAGUGAUGCAGCACUGGUGCUGGUAAAAGUACAGGAUAAGGAAGGCAGCAUCAGCAGGAAAAAUAUUGUAAAAGCUUUGCAAUGGGUACUGCAUCAUCACCGGCAAUAUGGUAUUCGUAUUGUAAACAUGAGCCUGGGUGAUGAUGAAGCGGUCUCUUCUCAUGAAAGUGAAAUAGACCAGCUGGCAGAAGCGUUGAUUUCAGCAGGCAUUACAGUGGUGGCAGCGGUUGGCAAUGAUGAAAAUUCGCAAAUCAAACCACCCGCCAAUGCCCUCCAUGUAAUAACCGUAGGUGGUCUUGACGAUGAUAAUCAGCUCAGUCAAAACCAGUCAGCCUAUCAUUCGGCUUACGGUAAAACAGCCGAUGCCGUAAUGAAACCCGAAAUGCUGGCCCAUGCCAUAUGGAUUGCGGCCCCUUUAUUACCGGGUACCAGGGAACAAAAAGAAGCUGUAACUUUAUAUGAGCUGGUGAAUACCAGCAAUGAUGUAUUACUGAACCGCUUGCAGGAAAGCAUACAUCAUACACAAUUAGAUCCGGCCGUUAAAAGCACAGCUGAUAUAGAUUAUGUCAGAGCAUCCAUUAUAAGCCGUAUACAGCAGUGUAAAUAUAUUUCGCCGCACUAUAUGCAUGUUGAUGGUACUUCCUUUGCCGCACCCAUUGUCUGUGCUGUUAUUGCACAAUUACUCGAAAUUAACCUGUCACUUACGCCCGCCAAUAUCCGCAGUAUUCUUUUUUCGUCUGCAAAACGAAUCCCAAAAAUAGCAGCAGAGCGGCAGGGAUUUGGUGUUAUUCAACCAAGAAAAGCCAUUUUACAAGUGUUAAAACGGGAGGAAAUUAUGAAACAGCAUGAAUCUCCUUAUAUCAAUAAAAAGAAAAAAUCCAUUGAGUUUAUUGUACACAAUACCAGUGCAUCGCAGAUUUCACUGGCCGGCUCCUUUAAUCAUUGGGCCCAGGAUGUGCUGUUGAUGGAGCCGCAUAAAAACGGACUGUGGAAAAUAGAAAUACCGCUAUUACCGGCAGGCAGGUACCAUUACAAAUUUUUGAUUGAUGAGCGGAUUUGGUUAGAGGAUACGGACAACCCUUUUCGUGAACCGGACGGCUUGUCGGGCUUUAACAGUGUAUUACUGAUAGAAAAAUAA